AUGUCAUCGUUGAAAGUAAUUUCAUCCGUUAUUUGCAUUGUUGCUUUCAUGGCUCUCGUUCUUAUCAAUAACACCGAUGCUAAUCCCCAAAUAGACAUCCUUGGCGGUUACGACCUGAUCGGUGUCUGUAUCAACAACUGCGCCCAGUGCAAGAAGAUGUUCGGUGAGUUCUUCGAUGGCCAUCUGUGUGCCGAAGCCUGCAUCCAAUUCAAGGGCAAGAUGGUCCCGGACUGUGAAGACAUCAAUUCGAUCGCUCCUUUCCUCAACAAGCUCAACUAACUAACCCCUACGCUGACCACCGGACCUCAUCAACUCAAGUGACCUCUCGCAGUUCCAGAGCAUUUCCCGUGCUAGCUUGUGUAUUUAUUUUGAUAUCAUCCUAACCAAAAAAACAGGAGUAGAAUGCUACCCUUUAAAGCUCACAAAUAAAUCACUGCUCGUUAAGAAUUCAAAA